UUAUGAGUUGAAAUAUGAAGUGGUGAUAGUUUUAAAACUAUUGUAGAAUUGACAAGAUCGUAUAUCGUGUAUGCACAAGUGUUUUAUCUAACUCAAACAGAUUCUCAAACGAUUUAAUCGUGUGCAUUCUUCGGUUUAAUAAGAGGCACGAGAUAUCUAUCUCUAAAGACCCCGAUUAACGAAUAGAAAAAACCAUUGUUAGUUUUAUUUAUUCAGUAUUAGUGUUUGUACUGUGUACGUGAGAGAAGACGAUGCUAAAAUCGACGUAAAAUCUGAUAAUGAAAGACAUAUCGAAAAUGGAAAAAAAGGACGUCAUAUUUAAAAGUAUAUUGCAUGUUUAUCGUGAUGUAAACGAAUUGUGAAAAUAUUGAAUUAGUAUUGCCGACAAAGGUUCUGAAAGCGUUAUAUGUGUCGCGUUUAACCUGUAUUCUGGUUUGAAUUGAUAAAGAUUGUUGUAUUAAGUGAAAGAAAAUGAAGUUUGCUGAGCAUUUGUCUGCCCACAUUACGCCUGAAUGGCGUAAACAAUACAUUAGCUAUGAGGAAAUGAAGGCAAUGUUGUAUACUGCUGUAGAAGAAGCACCUUCAGUCGAAAGUGUUGAACCAGAAGUGAUAUCUCGUCACUUUGCUUCAUUCGAUGAAGUGUUUUUUACAUUUUGUGAUCGUGAAUUGAAAAAGAUUAACACUUUCUAUUCUGAAAAGUUAGCAGAAGCAACACGUAAAUAUGCAGCUCUUCAAAGUGAAUUGAAAAUUGCAUUAGAAUUGCAACAAGGUGGAGGAAAAAAUAAAGGGAAAGCAACUGUUAAACCCCACUUGCCAACAAGGAAAUUGAGGGAAUUGAAGUUAGCAUUUUCAGAAUUUUAUUUAUCCCUAAUCCUUCUUCAAAAUUAUCAGAAUCUUAACUACACUGGUUUUCGAAAAAUUCUUAAGAAGCACGACAAGUUAUUGUCAGUAGACAGCGGCUCAAAAUGGAGGGUAGAAUGUGUAGAAACAGCGCAUUUUUAUACAUCCAAAGAUAUAGACAAGCUUAUACAGGAGACGGAAGCUACAGUAACAAACGAUUUAGAAGGUGGAGACAGACAGCGUGCUAUGAAACGUUUAAGAGUACCACCUUUAGGAGAGCAUCAAAGUCCAUGGACAACUUUUAAAGUUGGCUUAUUUUCUGGUAGUUUUAUUGUCCUAUUUGUGACAGUUAUACUUUCAGCAAUAUUCCACGAUGGCGGAGAAAACUUAAAAAUUGCAUUUAGAUUAUAUCGUGGACCUUUACUAAUUAUACAAUUUUUAUUUCUCAUUGGAGUGAAUGUUUAUGGGUGGCGAUCAUCGGGUGUAAAUCAUGUGUUAAUAUUUGAAUUAGAUCCACGCAAUCAUCUUUCCGAACAACAUCUUAUGGAAUUAGCCGCUGUUCUCGGAGUUAUAUGGACUCUCAGUUUAUUGAGCUUUUUGUACAGCGCUAGUUUAAGCAUUCCACCAUUUGUAAACCCAUUAGUUUUAGUUUGUAUUAUGUUGGCAUUUCUACUGAAUCCAUUAAAAAUGUUCCGACACGAGGCAAGGUUUUGGUUAUUAAAAGUUAUUGGACGUAUUUUAAUAUCACCAUUCGCAUACGUGAAUUUUGCUGAUUUCUGGUUAGCGGACCAGUUGAAUAGUAUGGCUACAGCAUUGCUAGAUUUUCAUUUCUUGACAUGUUUUUACAUUACUAAUGGAAAUUGGUUGGAAGCGAACAACACUACGCAAUGCAUGUCUGGCUCUUUGAUCAUUAGACCUAUCGUUAACUGUCUACCAGCAUGGUUUCGUUUUGCUCAAUGUAUUCGGCGUUAUCGAGACUCUAAGGAAGCAUUUCCGCACUUAGCCAAUGCUGGAAAAUAUUCAACAACAUUCCUCGUCGUGAUAUCCAAUACCAUGUGUGCCUAUCGUACUAUGGAGUAUCAGACUCGUUGGGAGAAUCCAUGGUUGUGGUUUUGGAUGAUUAGUUGUUUCGUCAAUUCGGUUUAUUCCUUAACUUGGGAUUUGAAGAUGGAUUGGGGUCUUUUAGAUAGUAAUGCUGGUGAAAAUAAAUUUUUACGCGAAGAAGUUGUGUAUUCAGCAGCGGGAUUCUAUUAUUUCGCUAUAAUCGAAGAUUUUAUUUUAAGAUUUGCGUGGGUUGCUAGUUUUGUUCUUAUUGAAUGUGGUUACGUAUCCAGUGACUUAAUGACAUCCAUAGUUGCCCCGCUUGAAGUUUUUAGGCGAUUUGUUUGGAAUUUUUUCCGAUUAGAAAACGAACAUUUGAACAAUUGUGGUAAAUUUCGUGCAGUUCGUGAUAUAUCAAUAGCACCGAUAGAAAGUUCCGAUCAGACACAAAUUUUGCGUAUGAUGGACGAAGAAAAUGGUGUACUUAAUAGAGGCAAACGUAAAAUGGGCGGUAAACGACAAACUAACACUAAGGAAGACAAACGAGCUUUGCUGAAAGAAGAAACAAUCGAUAUAGAUAUAUCCAAUGCUAGUUGAAAUCAAUUAAUAAGAUUCAUCGCAAAAAACAGUUUGGAGAAAUAUUGCUGCAUAUACAUUUUGUAAAACUUUGUAACUGGUUACAAUGAAGAUGCAUCGAAGUUUAGGUUUUUAAAUUUGUCAAAAUUGAAGACUGUAAAUUUAAGAUUGUUACGAGUGCCUUGUAUAAUGUUCUUAACCCUUUAGUUGUGGCACGAUAUUUAUUUAAUUGUCAAAAUGCACUAUUGAAAAAAGUAAUAAUUUAUUUUCAUUGAAUAAAAAAACAU